AUGAGUAAACGUCACAGCGACUCAUCAUUUUUUGUUAAAAGUAGUGAUAAUGCUUUCAAAGAUCGACAGAAGAAUAUAUUUGAUCAGCUUACGUUAAUUGAUAAAGAAAAAAACCUCAAUUCUUCAACGGAUUGGUCUGACGGAUCCGAACUUCCAGAAAAUAAUGGAAGUGUUUUACCAGUUACCUCACGGCAGAAGAGAAAAGAGACCAAGCCCUUUAGAGGGAAAGAAAGUAUUUUCAAAAGACCUGAAAUGUUGCCUCCAAGAUUUAAAGCACGCGAUAUUCCAGAUUAUCAAAGACAUCCUGACAGAUGGACUAAGUAUAGUUUGGCUGAUGUUUCUAAUGAUGAAAUGUCAGAACGCAGUAACACAGCUACAGCCAUGGCAUUCUUGCAGGAGCUUGCGAGCAGGAAAAAUGAAUCCCUGGAAGGGAAUAGUGAAGAAUCUGUUAAAAUAGAAUUUAAACUCAAAAAGAAGUGCGAGGAAUCUUCUAUCACCAAAGAUAGUACAAAAGGCACCAAUGAAGAAAAGGGAUUGUUUAAAAAUUCUAAAUUGGUUAUGCCUGAAUAUGAAGUUGGACGAGGCAAGAAGAAAGAGUUGAAGAGAUCCAAUAAAUCUUCACAGGACAUUGACAAGAGAAAUAAAGAGAUUAAACUAUCUCAUUUGGAGGAAGAAGAUGAAUGA